GAUCUCCUUGAGUUAAGGUAAAUAAAUUAUUUAUUUAUUCAAACUUGCGUCUGAAGGAGUUUAAAAAACUCUCAAAAAUUGUUUAAAAAUUAAAUAUACUGUGCAACACAAAGUGCUGUAAAACAUCAUUGUUUAAUACUUACUAGAAAUGAUAGUAUCUCAAUUGUAAAUAUAUGGCAACUUAUUUUCGGUUGUAUUAGAAGACGCGCACAGAUCUAACAAUAAAUACAGCAUAAUAUAAAUUUUAACUAAAUAAAAUAAUAUCUAAUAAAAAAUAAUUUAGUUUUCGGCAUGAGUUUUUCUGAUGAUUCCUCCGAUUUGGAUUGGAAAGAGUCAAAAAUGAAAACAAGCAAGUCCAUAAAACAGGAACAUCAUACAUCCCAAGGUAAACCGAAAUACGCGCAAAAGUUUUGCCAAAAGUGGCUGAACAUAUUCAAUCCAUGGCUUACACGUUGCGAAGAUGAUCCAAAUAAACCAUUUUGUCGAGCAUGUCAAUGUCGCUUAGAUUGCAACCGCUGCCACUUACAACGUCACGAACGUACUACAAAACAUAUACGCAACUUGGAAAUACUUGUAAGCAAAGGAGAAGGUGCCGCACGACAAAACCUAAGUAUACGACAAGAACGUAGCAAGUACUAUCAACAACGCAAGAAGUUUAAUUCAUCGCUUGCAUCUUCACAGGAUGCUUCAGAACUUGGUGCGGAUACGCCUGAUGAAUAUAUUGAGGAAGCAGAACAAGAAGCCGAAACUUCAUUUCAAUUUGUUCAAGCAGAAUCAGCACCAGGCGAUCAAUAUACAGAAGAAACAGUUUUAAAACAGGAAAUUACAACUGCCGAUGGCCAAACCGAUCCACUACCAGCGAAUGCCGCAUUAAAGCAAGAGAAAUUACGUGGCAGUCCGAAGAAAGCCGGUGUCAAAAAGGAACGCAUGAAACUGCUCAUGCAAAUACAAAAGGAUAAAAACGAUCUCAUGGAUUCAUUUCGUGAACUCAUGGGCGCACCGGGUCAGCAAUCACCGAAAAAAGAAAAAAAUCACGUUGAUUUGUUUUUUGAAAGCGUCAGUUCCAGUGUGAAAGCGUUAUCACCGAAACUUAUUGCCGAAACUAAAAUGCGUGUAUCACAAUUGAUCUGUGAGCUGGAAUUACGCGCACUUACUGAGAAUGAGGCCAAUAGCGCUGCAGGUGCUGCUGGUGCUGCUACGGCGGUUGUUGUGUCUUCUGAUCCCGGUGCCGUCGGUAAUGCAUUUAUUAUAAACCAACCAGUAACAACAAUGGUACAUGGAACUACAGCACAUCAUGCGACGCAAAAUAGUGGGCAUCACUACGAAGCUCUAAGUUGAAAAUAACAGUUGCCCAUAAAAUGUUGACUUUUUCGUUUCUUUGUAUGCGUAUGUUAUAAAAAAACAAAAAUAAAAACAU